AUGCAAAACGAUGGUGCGUUUUGCAAUUGUCUGAUCGACGUUGAUGGUACGAUUUUCAAAGUUCAUUUGGAAAUCUUGUGCGCAUCUUCCGAAUAUUUCGAUAACAUAAUUAGACGUGACUCCGUUGUUGAAGAUGCGGUUUCUCUCCACAAUAUCACCCCCAGUACCUUCUCAACAUUGCUUACCCACCUUUACACUGGACGCAUGGUGGUUAACUUGUCCAACCUUUUUGAUGUCUAUGUGGCUGCGGAUUUCCUCAUUUUGAACUCUGCUCUUGACUAUUGUCGAAAAGUUUUGUGCGAAAAUCUUCGGAACGAAAAGUCUUCUGAGGCAUUCGACGUGGCUUUAGAAAUUCUAAGCCGUUACGAUGACGCAGCACUCUUUGAAAGUUUUGUAUCGCGUCGAAAUCUUUUGAAGAGAAAAGAUCCCACCAAAGUGAUUCAUUCAAGCCGUACUAUUGCGACAAUGCCCACUUUUGAGGAAUCGUUAGUCAUCUUCAGGGCGGAUGUGGAGUACCGCAAUAUUUGGACAGGGGAGCGCCAGAUGGCGCCUUCGCCUCUUGAGGAAUUUAUGCUCUCAUCCUACGAAGUGAAGGAGUUGGAGCUGGAGGAGGGUGAGACUCUGAGUAGGAUCGAAGUGCAUAGUGGGUGGCUGGUGGAUAAGAUGGCCUUCGUGACUUCAACAGGGCGGUAUGUUGGACCCUUCGGUUACAGCAAUGGGGGUGGUGUGCUCAAAGUGGCUGUGAACAAAUGUCAUGGUUCUCGCUACGCCUCUUCAGAACCCGUCUAUACCUGUCUAGCGCUCCACGGAUUCAGCUACUCGCUGAUACGCACCCAAGGCUGUCCUUCCUGGUUCAGGGUGUGCUUCCUCUAUGCUGCCGUCGAAGGACGGUGUAAUUUUACCAUGAAAAUUUGA